AUGUCCACGUCUAGCGUCACCGCCGGUGUCCACUCUGUUACUUUUCAGCACACUCCCGGCGCCAGAAAUGAAGAUCGGUUUGUGGUUCAGGAAUGGCUCAUCGCCGACCGGACGUGGAAAUUCCUUGCCGUCUUCGAUGGACACGGAAGCGCCUACACGUCGGAAUACGCCGCUGCCAAUCUUCCAAGGCUGAUCGAGGAGGAACUGCGCGACGUUGUCGAGGAGUGCAAAAACCGAUCUCGAGAUACAUUCAUCACCAAGGUCAAGAGGCUUUUGAGGCGGACGAUAGAGGAUUUCGAUGAGGAUAUAGGCGAUGCCAUCAAGAAUUUGUGCCCCGAUCCCUUGUCACUUUCGUAUCCAGAAGCCCAGGAUCUCGUCAAUGCUAAUAGGGAUAUCUUCCAACGUGCAUAUUCUGGUUCCACUUUGGCGCUCGCUCUUAUUGACGAAGAGCGGGAUAAUAUGUGGGUAGCCGGGUUGGGUGAUUCGACUGUCGUAUUAGCUUAUGAAGACGACGAUGGAACUGGGUACGGCGAGGGACUGCUAACCCUCCACAAUACGGAUACUCCAAAGGAGUACCUGAAUAUAGCGAUGAUGCAUCCUUCGGAGGAGAAGGACACCAUCAUGGAAAAGGACCAACUGUUAGGCGCUGUGCGCUAUACUCGAGGUUUGGGUGAUUACGCGCUCAAGCUACCGUCAGAAUUUUCGACGGAGCUCUUCUUCAAACUCCCGCGAGGACUGCGACCACAGAACUACCGGGAGGGCAUACGGUACUACAAUGUGACGCCGCCAUACGUUCUGAAUUCGCCUGGCACCCGCUUCAUCAACCUUGCUGAACUUCGACCUCAUAAGUCGACGCUAGUUCUAUACACCCACGGCGUCGAUACGAUCGUGAACGGCAAUGUGAAAAGGAUCAAGAAGCUGGACAGACCCGAUCCCGCCAGCAUCGUAGGGAAGCUCACAGGUAGUCAGGUUGACGAGGCCUCUAUUCAGGAGGCUCUCAAGCAUGGUGUUGAGCUUAACUGGACGACAAACCGGGCGACCGAGCUCUUGGGAAACUUGGUAGCAGGGACUUCGGUAGAACAUUUCGCCAAGCUCCCUGGACCUGCGGAACGUAGGGAUCGGGACCGGGCGGUGUAUGUUGAUGAUGCAACGAUCCUGCGGUAUGAACUAGCAACGGAGGCCUAAUUUUCACUUAUUCUGUACUUGCAUACUUAUUCCAUGCUUUGCUGUGCUGUGCUCAAUACACAAAAAAAUACUAAAUAAUCUAGUGGUACUGAAGAAAGGCAAC